AUGAACGACACUAUCACAACCACCCGUGGCUGGGUCCCUGAGCCCGACGGGAGAGGGACGUGGGGCAUUUUAUCCACUUGCGUUCUCACAAUCAUUCUCUGUUGCUGGACAUCCGUGUCUCCAAACCUGCCUGCCCAAUCCGAUGGCGCGUUCAGAAAAUGGAGAUACAAAUUCGAUCUUGCUUGUAUUGCAAUACUCGGAUCCGAAUUCCUAUUGAUGCUAGCUCUGGGCCAAUGGUCAUCUGCGCGCUGCUCUGUUAAGAAUUUCUACGAGGCUGGAUAUAAAGACUGGACUAUUAAGCAUGCGUUCUUUGCCGAUAUGGGGGGCUUUUGGAUAGAGCCCCCGGAAAUAGAUCUUUUACCUUCAUUUCCUUUGGACGCCAAGCAGCUCUAUAUCCUAGUCAAGGAGGGAUACGUUGAAUAUCCCAUAUUGGAAGAAGAGGAAAUUAAAGAUAAGAGUAAAGCAGAUGGACUAGCUAGGUUAAUGACAAUAGCGCAAGUCCUAUGGUUCUCGUUAAACUGCACCUUUCGUUUUGCCCAGGGACUCUUUCUUACCACCCUCGAGCUCACUACCCUCUCCUUUAUUCUGGUCUUUCUCGUCACAUCCUACUGCUGGUAUCACAAACCUAUGGAUAUUGACAAACCAAUCAUAUUAAAACCUAAGAAAUCCGUGGCUAUUAUUCGGAAUAAUCUUGGUCGAAAUUCCGGAUCGAAGUGGUAUGAAACACCACUCGACUUCCUCUCGCGGGAUGAGUGGUUUUGUGCUCGAUUUUGGAAAUACUACGUUCAAAUCCUACACUAUAUACAUAUACCGCUAUUUACUCGGCCGGAGCGACGACCAUAUGAUCGCAUUCCAAGUCAUUUCAUUCCAAACGUGGAUACCCAGGCGGAGAUAAUCUGUGCCCCAACAAUCCUUCUCUUCAGCUCUGUGUUUCUUAUUGCCUGGAAUUCCACCUUUCCGUCCGCGACAGAGAAGCUACUUUGGCGUAUCACUAGUGUGAAUACCUUGGCCUUUGCGUUGGUUGCAGGUCCUCUUUCGCUAUACUUUCACAGAAAAAUGUUUCAACCGGAGUUAGCAAAAGCAAGGGCACAAGCUACACUGAAGCGGAAAAGAGGGUCUAAAAACAGAUGGAUCAGCCGUCUUGCCGCGAGGCUUAGGAAUAUUGAUCCUGAGCAGGAUCCCAACUUGGAAAUCCCCCUUCGUGCUUUGAUUCCAAUUUCUUUUGUCUGUGCCUUUUAUUGUGUGGGUCGAGGAUUUAUCUUAACGGAAGACUUGAUUGGACUGAGGAGCUUGCCGGAGAGUGCGUAUCAAACUGUCUCAUGGUCAAAAUACGUACCGCAUUGGUAA